AUAAGGGUUGGCAGUGAAGAGAAGGGUAUCUUGAUAGAGACUCCCUGUAUACCUGAAGCUUUCUGAAGGUUGAUGCCAAUAGUGAAAUGACGAUCUCGAUGGUGACAUUAGAAACGCAGACAUUCCACAUAUAUGGUCACAGUUAUUUCUGACGCAGAGAGACACGCAUGCAGAGAGUUUGGUCUAUAUAGUGCCUAAAUUAUCCAGCCACAGUAAGGAUGGCAAUGAAAGGAUGUCUUUCAGCUUUAGUGUUGUGGCUCCUUCUCCUCACCAUUCAGGUUUCCCUAGGAGAUGAUGAAUUGAAGCUGAUAAAUGGAACUAGCCCCUGCUCUGGGAGAGUGGAAGUAAAACAUGAGGAUCGGUGGGGAACUGUGUGUGAUGGUGACUGGAAUACAGAAGAUGCCGAGGUUGUUUGCCAGCAAGUAGGAUGUGGGUCUGCUGUUCAGGCCCUUAACCGAGCUCCUUUUGGAGAAGGAUCUGGACCUACAUGGUUGUAUCGAGUAGAGUGCCAUGGUAAUGAAUCUGCCCUCUGGAACUGCCCUCAUGCAGGCUGGGGUGGCUUUACCUGCCCUCAUUAUUUUGACGUUGGAGUGAUCUGCUCAGGUUUCUCAGGGCUGCAUCUGUCUGGUGGGGACACUGCCUGCUCAGGACACCUGAAAAUAAAGCAAGAAGAAACUUGGACUACGGUCUGUUACUCAUACAUUGAUUUCAAUGCUGCCUCUGUUAUAUGCAGUGAGCUAAGUUGUGGCCAGGCUGUGGAUGUCUUGAGAGGAGCUCACUUUAGAGGCAGACAUGAAUUGAUCUGGCAAGAAAAGUUCCACUGUGUGGGGAAUGAGACUCACCUUGCACACUGUCCCAGGACGUUGCAGCAUAGUAAGGCAUGCUCUCAUGAUGCUUAUGUUCUAUGUUCAGGCUAUGGCGGAUACAGGUUGUCAAAUGGCAGUACCACAUGUACAGGGAGAGUUGAGCUUCUUCAUGGAGGCUCAUGGGGAACGCUCUGUGACUACUUGUGGAGUUUUCCAGCUGCCAAUGACCUCUGCCAGCAUCUGGACUGUGGAGUUGCACUGUCAAUACCAGAUGGACAGUCCUUUGGAAGAGGAAAUUGGUCUUUCUGGAACGGUACAUUCAGCUGUAAGAAGAAUGGCUCAUACUCGAAAGACUGUUCUGUGAGUGUUCUAGAUCAGAACGAAUGCCCUGCUGGAAAUGUUGCUCGUGUGAUGUGCUCAGGGUGCCCAGGGGGCAGACUAGCGAAUGGCAGCACAUGCUCAGGCAGAGUGGAAAUCCGCCAUGGAGAUACAUGGGGAAGACUCUGCCGCUCCCACUGGAAUUUGCAGGCUGCUAACGUCCUCUGCUAUCAACUGAACUGUGGCUAUGCAAAGUCAAUCCAGACAGGAGACAGUUUUGUGGAUGGGAAUGGACCUGUAUGGAGAGAUGCUUUUCACUGUGAAGGGACAGAGUCCUGCCUGUGGGACUGUGCUCAAGUGACUUUGGGCAAUCCAACUUGUUCAGCCAAAGAAGUAGCCACUGUUGUUUGCUCAGGUCUUGCUGAAUCACUCAGACUCUCAGAUGGUCAGAGCCGCUGCGAUGGGCGUGUUGAAAUCUCCCUUGAUGGCAUAUGGGGCAGAGUCCUAGAUGACGACUGGAACAUCAAAGAUGCUCAUGUGGUAUGCAGACAGCUCCAAUGUGGAAUAGCAAAGAGAGCCUAUUACCUUCCAAGGUCUGAACGAGGCAUCGGUCCUGUGGGCUUAAGAAGUGUCCAGUGUGAUGGAAAUGAGACUCGGCUAGUGCUCUGCAAGACCUCCCAUUCUCAGGCGCUGUCAGCAGGAGUUGCUGAAGAUGUUGGUGUGAUCUGCUCUGAGAGCCGGCAGAUGAGGCUGGUGAAUGGAACAAAACGCUGUGCUGGGAGAGUGGAGCUUUAUCAUGAUGGCAUCUGGGGCACUAUCUGUGAUGAUAACUGGGAUCUAUCAGAUGCAAAUGUUGUUUGCAGACAGCUGGGAUGUGGAUAUGCCAUCAAAGCAUUAGACUCUGCUUACUAUGGAGAAGGGUCAGGGCAAAUCUGGCUGGAUGAUGUGAACUGCACUGGGUCUGAAUCCAAUAUCUGGGCAUGCCCCUCUAGGGUAUGGGGUCAUCACAACUGCCAACACAAAGAGGACGCUGGAGUCCUAUGCUCAGAGUUCCUGGCUCUGAGGCUGGUGAAUGGCAGUGGCUGUGCUGGACGGCUAGAAGUUUUCUACAAUGGGACAUGGGGGAGCAUUUGCUCCAAUCGUAUGUCUCAACUCACUGCAGUAACUGUAUGCAAACACUUGAACUGUGGAGAUGGUGGGGAAAUUGAAAGAGAUUUCAAAUAUGGCAGAGGUUCUGGGCCCACAUGGCUGGAUCACAUUGAGUGCACUGAGCAACACAGCUCCCUGUGGCAAUGUCAGUCAGACCCCUGGGAUCCUCAAUCAUGUGAUAACCGAGCAGAAGAGACCCAUAUUUCUUGCACUGGAAGAAAAGGAACAAUGACUCCUGCCUCAUUUACUGAGUGUCCAAACUCUACAAGUUGCUCAGACAAGGACAAGUUACGUGUUGUAGGAGGAGAGGAUGCAUGCUCAGGAAGAGUGGAGAUUUGGAAUCAGGGUUCCUGGGGAACAAUCUGUGAUGAUUCCUGGGAUGUGGCAGAUGCUAAUGUUGUAUGCAGGCAACUGGGCUGUGGUUCUGCUGUGUCUGCUCUGAGUGAAGCUGCCUUUGGGGAGGGGACAGGUCCCAUCUGGCUGGAGAAGGUCCACUGUAAAGGAACAGAACUGUCACUUUGGGACUGUCCUUCCAAGCCUUUGCUCGGCAAAAACUGUGAUCACAAGGAGGAUGCUGCCGUGGAUUGCUCAGGUGUGACAGAAACAACAGCACCUUCCACUAGAGCAGCUUCACCCCACCGCUCAGCGACAAACAACAUGAGAGCUUCAGCACCUGUCAUCCUCUGCAUCAUCCUGGGGGCCCUUCUCUGCCUGGUUCUUGCCAUUCUUGCUGGACAGAUCCAAAGAGCCAGGGCACAGCAGAGAGGUGUGCUACCCUAUGACUCCUUCAAUGAGGUUGUCUAUGAGGAGAUUGACUACAAACUGAUGAAAGAACAGCAAGGGAUGUCUGGCCUCUCAGGUAUGUCUAGUGCUCUCUCUAGUGGAAGACAUAUCCCUAUUACUAUUAAUACCUAUCCUGUUUCAGAAAUCUCACCAUUGCCUGGAAAUAACCUGGAAGGUGGUUAUGAUGAUGUAACAGAUGCUCCUGGACCUGAAGAUGCUUCUUUUUCUGAGCAGAAUAAGCAAGAAAUCACUGGGGUCUCAGAAGAAUGUGACAGAAACAAGGAUUCAUGGAAAGGUGAGGCUGGAAGAGCACUGCUGCUAAUUUUCGUAUCCUAUAGUUACUGUACCAACCUCAGGGAAAACCAAGGUGGAGCAUACCUCAAAAGAUCACCUAGACUUUAUCUAAUCACUGUAAGGAAGAAAUGCUAUCCCAUA